AUGGAUAUGAUUUUUCAUCAGAAAUCUGCCUCCAAACCUCAAAAAGUACCAGAGACUACCAAAUGGUGGCUUCUAAAAGGUGACAAGGCUGACGAGUUUAGACAAGAUAUGGAAGACAUGACUAUAAGUAUGGAUGUUGACGUGAACUUGAUGUGGCAACAAGCAUAUGCACAGAUAAUGAAGGCAGCAAACAGGAUCCUAGGCCGCACUAAACCAGAUAAAAAGUCAUCGAGGGAAACCUGGUGGUGGAAUCCUACAAAGCAAAUAGCUUUACAAGAAAAGAAAAGAACAUUCAAAAUCUGGCAGUCCACAAGGUCACAGAAAGAUAGAGAUGUGUAUAAAACAGCAAAGAAAAGGACAAAGAAAACUGUAGCCAUUGAAAGGAGAAAAGUCUUGGGAUUUUUAUACAACACACUGGAAAGUAGAGACGGACAAAAGGAAAUAUUUAAACUCUCUAAGUCUCGUAGUAAGGCAUCAGAAGAUCCAGUGAAAACAAGGGCCAUCAAAGGUUGUGACGGGGCAAUAAGGUAUUCAGACGAAGCAUCU